GCGGCGGCUGCGCGGCCGCGCUGCGGGCGCCGCCGAUGCUGUCGGUGCCGGUGCCGGUGGCGGGCGCGGGGGCGGCGCGGGGCGCGGGCUCCCUGCCCCGCCGGCCCACCAUGUGCAGCGGCGUCGGUUGCUUCUGGGCGCUGCUCUCCGCCGGCCUCUUGGCCGCCUGCGCCGCCGCUUUCCUCUCGCCGGCCUGGCUGCUGCCGCCCGGCCGAGCCGCCGCCGGUUUCGGCUUGCUCUGGCGCUGCGCCGGGCCGCCCCGCGGCUGCCACGGCUCCGCCGGCCCCGGCGGCUUCGGAGACAUCCCCUCCGGCUCCUGGCAGACGAGUGCCGUGCUGUGUGCAGGCGGCUGUGUCCUGCUGGCCCUCAGCUCACUGCUGGCCAUCGUUGCUGUCCUGCUACCUGGCGGAGCCUGCGAGAGGCGAGUCUGCACCCUGGCUGGCUACAUGCAGACAGCGGCAGUGUUCAUAAUGGCUUCUGGGCUUUUGGUUUACCCUUUUGGUUUCAACUCUGCUACUGUGAAGAGAUUCUGUGAGAAUUCAGACAUCUACUAUGCAGGAGACUGCCAGAUUGGCUGGGGGUAUAUGCUGGCAAUUGUUGGGGUCAUGUUGUCUGUCUUUUUACCAUUCUUUGCAAAAUAUGCACCAAAAGAGCACAUAUCUCCAACUCCAAUACCUACUAUUUUAUAGUAUUUUGUUACUGUUUAAGAACAGAACAUUCCUGUCUACGGGCAAUGGGCAGAAAUUAUUAUAGCACUUCCAUUUAGCUGUAUUGCUAAAGAGCAAAGAGGAGAUGGGGAAGAGAAGGUCAGAUUCACAAAGACCAAAAGUGCAUUGAUAGUCUUCCGUACGUAUGAGCAGCGAACACUCUGGAAUUGAAAUAAGAUGAGUCAGCAGCCUUUAUACUGCUCUAAACAUAUAGUGGCAUAAUGCCUUAGACAAAAAAAAAAAUCAGUUUAUCCUCAAAACAUCUGUCUACCUCCCAGUUUCUUUUGUGUCUCAAAGUUGUAAGUCUUUUAAAAGCUUCAAUUCACUUUUUAUAUAUUAUUAAACGUCAAAACUUUUAUGAACCCAAUAACUUUAAAAUCAAUAAUGAUAUUUUGUUAAAAUUGUUUUGAUUAGUGACAAAAGCACCUACUAGUAGCCACGGCCUAAAAUUAAGUUUGGUGCCUAAAAUGAAUUGUAUACAAGAAAAGUUUCUUUUUAAUCUAUAUGUAUUAGUAGUACCUGCAUAUUGUAAGUUGUUGGCACAUUUUUUAAUACUGAUCUAAUCUUCAAGAAUUAGAGUAAUCUUCAUGAAGACUUGCAUAACAUUUAGAUAAUACUUCUUUUCAGAGAAAGAGAGAUCUAACUACUUCCAAAGGCUUCAUGAUGAUUUAAUAAUUUAACAACAGGAAAAAAAUGCCAGAGAAUUUUUUUUAGUAUUUCUAAAAUUAUAGUUUUAGCUGGACUUUUACAAAAUUAUUUGAACGAUUAGAACUGCAGAUUUUAUUGUUUGAUUUUUAAGGCCAAAAAGAAAAAUUUGUUUAAAAAAAAGUAUGUUCCGAAUGGCCCUUAUAUGUAGGGAUAAUACAAGCCAGAAUGAACUAGAUUCUAAUAUUUCCAUUACUAUUAAGAGCCCAUUACUGUAAAAAAAAAAAAAAGUGAAGUGAAAUGCUACUGAUCACAACUAAUAAGAAUCUGAUGCCAUAUCAGAACUAGCAAAUGGCCAUAUUUCAUGAGUUUGUAUGUGAAAUUUGUGAAGUCUGAUUUCCGCAAUAGCACUGAAUUCAUUACUAUCAAGCAUUGAAAUAAGUGCACUUGAUUGCCUUAAGCAAAAGAAACAUUGGGUUCUAAUCUCACUCCACCGUUACGUUUUUCAUUUAAAAUAAAAACUGAAUUCUAAUUCUGUUCUCAUCUUUUAUUUUCUAUUAUUUAUUUAAAAAUUAAUAAUCACAUAGAUUAUAUUUAAUUCAGAGCUGUACUUCUUAGGUUUGUAUUUUGGCAAAAACCAAGUGAUCAAAUUUAUUAUUCUUCACUUAGCUGAGUCCAACUGAUUCCUGAUUUUUUUUAAAUAUUUUUUUAAUGGAAAGCGUACAUGAAGGGACAAACAGAGACAUAUUGAGGAUGUAUAAGAAAAUGCAAACAGAUAGAACAAUCACUGUGUUGUUUUAAUAAAUGUCAGAAACUUCUGCAGUCUUGUUUACAUUCCUCACCCCCCUAAACUUCAAUGGAACGUUGCAUUGUUUUCCAAAAUUAUUGUCUGUUGUUACAUUGUCAUGCACUCUAAAAACAAAUUCUGAACAUAAACUUAGCAAGUUCCAUUACUAAUCUUUGAAAAUACAGAUUUCAAUGUAGAAUUAAGUACACUGAGAGACUGCGUGCUAUGCGUUUUUGCUCACAGUGACUAAUGAAUUCAAUCUUCCAAAUAUUUAACAAAAUAACUUGAAGGAAUACCUCUAAGGUAAGAAGAAUAAAUUUCAGUCACUUCUGUAUCGUAAUGUACUUUUCAAUAAUGUCUUACACUUUUUUUAAUUAAUGUCUGAAAUUGAUCAUUUUCAUAUGAGAGUCAGAAAAGUGAGGAAUAACAACAACAUGUAAGAAGAAAAUCAUCACCGCGAAGUAGAGAGACAGAGAUGCAGGCUUUUCUUUCCUAACCAACCUGUGCCUUUACACUAGAACCAUUAUACAAGACAGGAUCAAUAUGGUUAAAAAAAACAAACAAACAAAACCCAACAACUGAAAAACGUUGAGCAAUGUGUAUAAACUGUAUUACAUAGGGUUUUUUCUGUUUUGUGUAAUGUUUAUGACUGUUCACUUAAUGUUUCACUAGAAAAAGUGAUUUGUUAGUGUAAAGUAGAAAACAUUUUUGCAAAGAUCUAAACACUUACUGAAAGUAAAGUUAUUUUAGAUUUUUAUUAACAGCCAUAACAUACCUACUAGACACAAAUGACCUAUUCCUGUCAUUACUUAUUAAUGUAAUUUCCACAUGUGCAGAACUGGAACCAUCAAUCAUUCAACUGAAAUCAGUAGGACUACAAGAUUUGCGUGAUGUUGAUGACACACACAGAUGCUUGCAGGCCUGGUCCCAUAGUUCAAACUUCCUUUGUAGUUUUAAAUUACUGUUACAGUGGAGUCUUACAAUUUGCAACACUGAUGUACUUACUUCUUAAAACUCAACUACUUCUAUUGUGAAGAUCAUCAAGCUCCACAUCCUGUAAUAUUCUGCACGUUUUAUAAGUUAAGCUAAUGCUUCCAUUUGGAAGCAUUACCUCUACAACUGGAUAGACGAAACUCUCCUUGAAACACCCACACUCAGAAUCAGCUUAGCACAGAAGGUAGAGAUGAUAAUGCAAGUGAUUCUUACAACAGUUAGUAAAGCAUAUACUUUAGAUCCUCAACUGGAACAUUAAGGGAGGGUGUUGCCAACAAUAUAUGUACUAACACUGACAGAUCACUUUUUUAAAUAAAGACUGUCUGCGCGUUAAACUGUAAAAGCGUUUUCCUGUUACAAGUCAAAUGAUUUACUGGACCAGGUUCAAGUUUUAUUCUAAAUAUAUAAUUUUUUAAGUGUAACUAAAAGCUGUAUUUUCCAUUAAUGUGUUUCUGCGUUGACUAGCUGGCUCCUUUUUAGAAUAUUAACUGUUUUCUGUAUUUGACUUGUUGGAUACAAUAUUUCAAUUAUUUUAAAUGUGAAAUUUCCAAUUGCCAACACUGUAUAAUAAAAUUUAAAAAAAAAUAAUCACACUGUUCACUGUUUUCUUGACAAUUCUUUUGUGUUGUGUUACAAUUCCCAACAGAUCUGAUACAAAGCUACUGAAAUAGGGGAACUAGCUAAGAGGAAAAGGAAAUAGAAACAACAGGAAUAAUCUAUGGAAGUUAACGUUUGAAGGCAAAGACACAUAAACAUGUACAUGGUCCAUCCCUCAUGAAAGAUGUUUCUAUGGCAAAGGCAAGGAAGUUCUGCGUUCAAAUAAUUAUUUCUCUCCAACUUCCUCUGUGUCCUUGAGCAAUCUUCCUACAGCUUCAGAGUGUGUUGAUUUUUUUAUACGGGUGUUAUAGUUAUUAUUUAUUUUUUAAAAGAAACAUGAAUCAGAUAACAUAUCAACGGGAACCAUAUGAAUAUGUAAUAUGUACAGCUGCAUCCUGUGAAAUCUUUCUAUAGUUUCCAUUAUGUUCAUUUCUAGAAAGGCUUUUACAGGUGUUCUUGUAAGCCAGCAAAGAAAAAGGAACCUGUUAGUUGGAACUGAAGUGAAAUAAAGAUGCCUCCUUACUUUCUACCAAAGAGCAGUUUUAAUGCAACACGCAGAGUCAACAAGAACUUUGUUGAUGUUUGUUUGCUAUUAACUCCUCAAAAGAAGUACAUACUCAACAUUUUGAAACAGAUAUUGAAAGAAUUUGUAAGAACUAAAGAUAAUGAAAAGCAACAGCAAUCUGAAUUUGUAUUGAUGAUCUUUUUCUAAAACACUUGCACUACUGCAAAACUUCAAUGUUUUAAUUCAGAUUUUCUCCAGUAAAAUCUAAUCUACUAUGUAACAAAACCCUGUUAAAUAUAACUAGGAAAGAUAAGCUGUGAAAAGUAAUAAUGGAAACAAAACAUUGGUACUAACUGUUGU